AUGACAUCUCAACUACUUCCCCUCGAGCUGAUUGACAAAUGCGUGGGAUCCAAGAUCUGGGUUGUUAUGAAGGGUGAAAAGGAAUUCAGUGGUACGCUCAUGGGUUUCGACGACUACGUCAACAUGGUUCUUGAAGAUGUCACCGAGUUCGAUUAUUCUGGAAACCACACCAAGCUGUCAAAGAUCCUGCUUAAUGGAAACAACAUCUGCAUGUUAAUACCUGGUGGAGAAGGUCCUGUGGCGUCUGCUUCAUGA